AGUCGCACAGCCCAAGUUGAGACUCGGCUGUUCUUCUUCUUCACUAACCCUCGCGACAGAGAAGGCGAUCCCAAUAUCAACCAACAUGUUCUACAGAGGUGAUGGCCGUGAAAUGGGAGCAAAGCGUCAGCGGCUUGACCACCGUCUUGAUCACCGAAUUGACCAGGGAUCUUCAUUCUAUGCAAAUUCCCCUGGUUCAAGUUAUCUGUUCAAUCCAACUCCCUCUGCAUUUGUUGGACAACCGCCACCUUUUCCUGUUGUCAAACUUCGUGGUCUACCAUUUGAUUGCACAGAAGCUGAUGUUGUUGAGUUCUUCCAUGGUCUUGACAUUGUUGAUAUUCUCUUCGUGCACAAGAAUAGCAAGGUCACAGGGGAAGCCUUUUGUGUUUUAGGAUAUCCUCUUCAGGUUGAUUUUGCCCUUCAAAGGAAUAGGCAGAACAUGGGCAGGAGAUAUGUUGAGGUGUUCAGAAGUAAGAGACAGGAAUAUUACAGGGCAAUAGCAAAUGAAGUUGCCGAUUCUCGUAGUGCUUCUCCUCGCAGAAACGCCCCAAGGGCUAAAUCAUACGAUGAAGGGAAGGACUCAGCAGAACAUUCAGGGGUAUUGCGGUUAAGGGGAUUGCCAUUUUCAGCUGGCAAGGAUGAUAUAAUAGAUUUUUUCAAGGAUUUUGUGUUGUCAGAGGACAAUAUUCAUUUCACAAUGAAUUCAGAAGGCAGGCCAACUGGGGAAGCAUUUGUGGAGUUUGCAAAUGCAGAAGAUUCCAAAGCUUCCAUGGCCAAGGAUAGGAUGACUCUUGGAAGUCGAUAUAUAGAGUUGUUCCCGUCAUCGCAUGAGGAGUUGGAUGAAGCAGUCUCAAAAGGACGGUGAUUCCUUAUUGAAUAAUUGCCUUCAUUGCUCUGCUGUACUUUUUAUGAUGUUCUACUUAAAAUAUCUGGAACUUUGAUGUUCUACUUAAAAUAUCUGGAACUUUGCUCAACUAUUGUCUGUAAGGUUUUCUAGUUCCUUGAAAUAGUUUCCCCUAUUUUGCUUGCUCGCUUUGCUUAUGUUGCUCUAAAUAUUGGUUGAAACAUAGCGUUUUACUGACGAGUAGUCCUCC